AUGGGAAACCUCUUUACCGACAAGAUGUCUGCUUCAGACAAGCGCGAUAUCCAAAGGAGGCUCGAGCGCGGCAGCAUGCCUCCGCGCAUACCCACUGACUUUCCAAGAUUCGAUGCUGAAGGAAUCCCGAAUCCCAGAACGUCGAGAGCCUCGCGUUCUUCCAGCAGUACCGCACUUAGUCCAAGAAGCCAGAAACCUAGAAACGUCGACCGCAUUUUCGAUGGAAGUGAGCAUAUCAGCGAUACGGGUCGCAAGUUUCGCCGUCGGCCGAGCAUCGAGGCACGCACAAGGAAGAGCGAUUAUCAUACGCUGCUUGAAGGCGGGAGCCUGUGGAGUGACGAUGAAGUCAUCGAUGAUGUUGACAUGGACGUGCAAGGACCUGUACAGUCAGAACUUGUGAAAGAGGAGUCAUACAACACGCAGCGAGUACAGUUGGCACCGCCGAUAACAGAUGCGGCUGUGGAUGCACCGAGACAGUCAAUGAUCAGCGUACUAUAUGGUCGCCAGGACCCAAAUUGCUGGUACUUGACACGGCGCUUGGCCCGGUUGUCUGCUGUCAACGUUGAUACCGAAUUCGAUUCAACGAUUCUGCUCAGACGCCGUAACAUCGACGCUGAUGCAACGGAACUUCACCAACUAUGGCGGCGCACCGGUGUUAUAUCCACCCGUUAUCGCGACGUCAACUUCGACCCCGACGGUAUCAACCCGCAGCACACAUGGAUCGCGUGUUGGCCUUUGGUCAACGCAGCGAUACACGGCUACGUGGUAGAUGAUGUCGAAUUCGUUGACCGCGUCAUGGACCUGCUCGAGGAAAAGAUAGUCAAGGGCGUACGACCGGAUAUCGCUACCAUCUCGCACAUAUUUGGCGAGAAAAGACACAACAUGCCGAAAGCUCUAGGCCGCUUUCUAGUCGAUCGAUGGCUCGACUCAGCGACGGAAGGCUUUGGCGACGUCGACCCGUCGGACUUGCCGCAGCCUUUCGUGUGCUCCGCGCUCGAGACAGCUAUGCGGCGCCUCUCAAGCGACAAAAGAUCGUCACCGGUGCUGAAUUGUCAGUAUCACACGCAUGCGACGCCCGAGGAAUGCUACAAGCAGAGAAUUGCACCUGAGGAAGCAAAAAGAUAA